AAACUUUAUUUGAUACUGUAUUUUAGCAAUAUACAGUGCCACAUAUACGUAUAAACGCACUCUUAGUUUUAAUUUUGCUAACUUCUCUCUUCCUUUGCAUUGCACUAAUUACAACAAAUUCUCUCUCAUAUUGUUUGUUAAACUAACGGAAAUUCGUAUUGAGUGCAAACCCCCACUUUUGUUGUUGUUGUUAUAUUUAAAUCGUUGCAUUUUAAAUCAAAUAGCAAAAACAGGCACAUAUUCGUUUGUUGCUUUGGAAAAAUAUCAGGGUCUAGUACUUGAAGCUACCUCAUUCGAAAAAUCAUUUAAAAAUCAGGCAGUCACUGACCAAUCAACCUGCAUCCAUAGAGCUUGCAAAUUGGAAAUCAAACGUCUGAAAUAUCGAGAUAAGUUCGGUAAACAAUAGUAAUCCAAUGGUAAGCUUUAUACGCGAACUCGUAAACGUUCAAGAGCACUUAAGAGAGCAGCAUUUUAAUAGAAUGUGUAGUUCUACAGCAGACGUCGCAUUAAGCAGACAUUCGAUAUUAAUUUUGCUAAGCCAAGCAACGAUAAUUUUUUGACUUUGUUCAGUGUUCAGAAGUUCAUUAUUUAGCAAACCUAAUAUGGAUUUGACAGGUAAAAAUGUGAUUUAUGAAGGUGGCUUUGGAGGCAUUGGUCAGUGUUGUUUGAGGGAAUUUCUCGAGAGAGGUGUAAAGAGCCUAGUCAUUUUCGAUCUGCAAGAAAAUGCAAACAUUUUGCAAGAGUUAACAAGUUCGUAUCCCGAGGCGCAAAUCUAUUUCGUUCCCUUUGACAUCACUGAUAAAAAUAGCAUUACAGAGGCCUUUAAGAAAGCGGUUGAGAAGAUCGGACACUUUGAUGUGCUGGUCAAUGGUUGUGGUUUGAUGGAUGAUACCAAAGUGGAGUUGAUGAUUAAUAUUAAUUUGAUGGGUUUAAUUCAUAGCACUUUGACGGCUCUACCAUAUAUGGAUAAAUCCAAUGGUGGCCGCGGUGGUCUUAUCAUCAACAUAUCUUCUGUGGCCGGUUUGGAACCAACUGCUGUUGUAGCUGUUUAUUCUGCGGCUAAACACGGUGUGACAGCAUUCACACGAGCCAUGGCGAGUCCCCACUAUUACAAACAUUUCGGAGUCAGUUUCAUCACUAUUUGUCCAGGCAUAACAGAUACAAACCUUGUGGCGAACCCUCACGAGAAGGCAACAUUUAAAUUCGCUGAAGCUUUAGGGGCACGUUUGGCUACGGCCGAGCGCCAAAGUCCCGAAGUGUGCGCGCAGAAUCUGGUGAAACUUGCAGAGACUGGCAAAAAUGGUGGUGUCUAUAUGCUUGAUUUGGGCGAAAUCAAAGAAAUGACAUUCCCCACCAUGUGGGCCCCACUUUUCAACCCUUGAAAGUUUUUGGAAUUCAUUGACAAUUUUAAAUCCCCAUUUAUAUGUACAUAUGUAAACAUCUGAUUAGAGUGAUUAUAUUAAAACAAAAACAAAAAAUAAUAAUAAUAAAGGCAGAUAAAGGCGAAUAAAUGGGAAUAGCAAAAACCGUUUAAGUAUAAAUAUAAU